CACAAUUCCAUAGCGAAUUGGUGUUUUUUGCAAUAUUUACACAGUAUUUUUACGAUUGUGAUUAAGAGUGAGAGAAAAAUGAAGUGAGAAUAAUGAAAUUAAGAAUCAAUCGUAAAUUUUAUUUCGAAGUAGAAGUUUUCAAUUAAUAGUGGCGCUCGGUUACUACAGUUUCCAGCAUCGUAUUCGAUGAUCGCUACUUUGAUGAUAUCGCCGUACAGAAAAGAUUCCAGUAUACGAUUACCGUACGCAUCAUGUUAAUCUGAAACGUCUUCUGUAAAUAUCAAUGCUUGAAUUUGUAGUCUAGUAAACCUAGAAUCCAGCGAUGCCGAAAUGUAAUAUUAGAACGAGAUAUCUUCCAGCAACAUUUGCUUGGGUUUUAUUAAUCUCCGCUACUGCUGCCUUUUAUCGUUUUCCAUGUUAUUGGUUCUUCAAGAAUAACUAUCCAUGGGUACCGAUACUUCAGGGAAUUGUGACUUUCUUCGUGCUGGCCAAUUUCACAUUGGCCACGUUUAUGGAUCCGGGUGUUAUUCCGAAAGCGUCACCUGACGAAGACCGAGAUGAUGAUUUCCGUUCGCCUUUGUACAAGACCAUCGAAAUAAACGGUAUUACGGUCCGAAUGAAAUGGUGUGUCACGUGUAAAUUCUACAGACCUCCGAGAUGUUCGCAUUGUAGCGUUUGUAACCAUUGUAUCGAGACAUUCGAUCAUCAUUGUCCUUGGGUGAAUAACUGUAUCGGAAGGAGAAAUUAUCGUUACUUUUUCUUCUUCUUGCUCAGCUUAAGUAUUCACAUGGCGACUAUUUUUACCAUUUGCCUGGUCUACGUGCUGAUGAAUAAAGAACGAUUAACCGAGAUCGAUUGCGUCGUAUCAUUAAUCAUUAUAGCCAUCAUAACGAUACUAUUUAUUCCGAUAUUCGGAUUAACCGGAUUUCACAUAGUGCUAGUAGCUCGUGGACGAACCACUAACGAACAAGUGACUGGUAAAUUUAAAGGAGGGUAUAAUCCUUUCUCUCAUGGAUGCUGUAAAAAUUGCUGGUACGGUUUAUGCGGACCGCAAUAUCCGAGUUUAUUGAACUUGAAACCGUUCAAGUACGAGAAGAAAAAUAAAAAUAAAAAAGCAGCUUCCAAUUCGAACGUUUGCACCAUUACCAACGAAAGACACCAAGUUAAGACGUACAUGGACAAUAGCAACGGUAUCAGGAAUGCUAGCUCCAAUGCCUACAAUAAGUCUGGAACGGCGACUACAGAAAUAGCGAUUGUGGAAAAUAUGUCUCCGGGACGCGACGGAUCCGAUACGGACAUGGAGCCGACGGCGUCCCAGUCGCAAGACUGCGAACCGACGCCUCCCCUCAAAAGGCACGGAUCGAAGAACAACUUCUACCUUCCACCAUCCGGUAAUCAUGCUCAUGUCGGCUCAAUGACGCCGGUCGAAGGCAUGAUCGAUGCUCAUGGUAUGACUCGAUCGUACGUAGCUCGACCUAGUCCGCAUAUUCGAACCAGGGGUCUGGAGGUAAUGGGACCAUCCCGAAGUCAUACUCCGGACAUAGACAGAGAACGUAACGGUAACGCGGUCAGUCCUAGUCCGACCAUGCAACAACGAAUCAAAGCUAUCGGCGUACCAACGCCGAUUGCCCUAUCUAGUCCAUUACGACGCUCGAACCCCGGCACGCCAACGCAACCCCGAAGGCCGGAUUUCAUCGGCGUAGCCGGCAGCGGCGGUAUCGGUGGCGGAAUCGCUCCGUCGAACGUAUCGGCGUCCAGCGUCGUGUAUUACGAUUACCAGAACGGCUCCGGCGUCGGUGGCCGUCCGAUGAUGGGAGGUCCCGGCCAAGGCAGUCCUCAGCGUCGAUUCUUAUCGGAAGGCGAACUGCUGCGCGACAGCAAUAUGUCGAACGCGGAUAUGCCGCCGCCUUAUCCGCGUCCCAAUAACACCGUCGACAACAUCAGGGAAUUGGCCGGAUCGCCGCAACGAGGCCAGUACACGUGGAAGGAUAAUUCGCCGAAUUCGUUCUACCAACAUCGAGUGACCGCCGCGUCGGCCGCCGCCGCUACUUACGACCACUAUAGGUCGAAUCCGACCAGUCCUACGCAACGUACUUAUUAUCCGGCCCUGCGAGGCGGCGUUCCGGUCUAUCCGCCUCCGCAGUCGCCUCAAGUCAAACGUAAAAAUUCGUCGAAUGUGGCCGCGAACGCGGCAUCGGCGGCCGCCAUGACAGCUUCGAAUUCGUCCAUAAACGACGGCCGAAGAAGACCGGUGUCUUUUGUCAGAGCUCUCGAGAUGAGCGACUCGGUCGAGAUGACGCAGCAGCAACAACAACAGCAGCAGCGUUCCGGCAAUGCCGCUACCACUCCUACUCCGACAGGAGAACGAACUAGUCUUUAUGAUAUGAAUUACGAGAUAUCCGUGUAAAAAUCCAUGUGCCCGUAACCCUCUUCUUUUUUUUCCACUUCGGAGCCCCUUCAGUCUCUGCCUGAAAAGCCCCCUUGAAGGGAGCUCGCCUCAGAUCGCGAAUCGAGGUCUAAUUUAUACAUAAAAUGAUUGAUUGCAGAAUCGCCGAAUAGACGAGAUAUGCUCGUUGAUCCUCCUUUUACCCACUUCCUGAAAUAUCUUAUAUCGCGUUGUAUUGUUUUUAUUUUUCUCGAAAUAUGUUUGUGUGUGUUUAUUUUUUUUUAUAGGAAUCUUACAACUAUCGUUUAUUUGUAAAAAAAAAAAAACGACUACGAUGCGAAGCUGCUCCAUUUCCACAUUUAACCGAACAAACUCCCAAGAUGAUUUUAUCCUCUAGAAGAGACAGCCCAAAGAAGGAAAGAAGACCCUACGAUGAUUUUUAUUUUUAUUAUUUUAUCUUUUACGUCUCUCUCACUCUUUCUGUACGCGUCUCUAUCUUCUGUAUGUAUAUUAUUUUGUAUCGACUGACCAGUCUGCCCCUGUCUGUGCCCCAAAUUCCCCUGCCCAAGCUCCUUGUUCAUGUGAUUUAACCGUAUCUAGCGUAUUUUUAGUAUGUAUUCGCAUUGUGAUGGUGAUAACGAUGAUGUACGACGACGAGUAUUUGUCUUAAUAUAUUUUCGUAUUAUUAUUGUAUGUUCCCUGUCGUCAUCCCGUCAUCGUCUUCGUCUGUGUAAAAAUUCGUAUUCGAGAAAAGUGUUUGAUAAUGGACGAAAUUCUGUUUUUUUCUAGAAGUGUACCGCUGCGUUUUGUGUGUGUGUGUUUUUUUUCGAGGCUCGCUCACUUUGUGUUACCAUAUUUACCGAAGGAAAGAAGGAAGAAAAAUGUGCAAUCAUGAGACGAACUUUGAUAACGAGACUUGGCUUAGAAUAAAAGGAGAGUGAUAUUUGAGUGUCGUUGUGACGAAUAUCUGUUUCUGUAUUUUUCGUGCCAAUGUUUUCGAUGUGUGAGAGGUUUUUAUGUGUAUGGAUUUGGUGGUAAAGUUUGAAUAUUAUUGUAUUUGUGUACCUAUCUACGUAGUAAGAUUGUAAUGUACCUAUAAUAUUUGUAUGUUCCCCUUCGAUCAUCGCGUUUUACAUUUAUACUUUUACUUACCUUGUUUAUAUAAUAAUUUUGUUGUAAAUUUAUUAUUGUAAUGUUUUCAUUUUUUCCCUUCUCGCUUAAGCUGUGUAUACGUUUUUUUUUUCGUCUCUGUCUCUCUCUCUCCUUUUUUUUUGUUUUUAUUUUUUUGAUUUUUGAUUUUGAAAACCACCACCAUCGAGGUAGUUGUAUUUUUUAAGGUGCUGACUUGGAUGUUUGUUUUCCUCUUUUUUUUUCUUUUGUGGUCGAAUUAAUAUUUUAACUUUUAUCGAGAUGUUUUUAAUUAUUUUUUUUUGAUUUUGAUGUUUUUGUACGUACGUAUUAUUAUUAUUUUUUUGGCCAUGAAGUCGUCGUAGUUUGUUAUUGUAACAUCACAAUAUAUAAAUAAUAUGUUUGGA